ACAAAGAUAAGAAUUUGAAGUGUACGUUUGAAACUGAAUAGCUACGGGGUAUUCGAUUUCAAACUGGAGUAUUUUAGUUGAGGGUGUCGUCUUUUCUUCAAAAUGUUAAAUACAUUUUCAGUCCUUAAACCUCAUUUAAAAUUUAAAAACAGCUUUGUUUCUAUAGAUAAUUUGGCGUUUAAAUUUCAUUACCGAGCUACUUUCGCAAUAUUGCUUGUAUGCACAUUGCUGGUUACUUCAAGGCAGUAUGUUGGAGAACAUAUUAGAUGCAUUACUGGUAGUUCAAUUCCCGAGCAUGUGAUUAACACAUUUUGUUUUUUCACUACCACAUUUACUGUAAUAAAACAUUUCAAUGAAACCUUGCUACAGGACUCAUCAGUUCCGCAUCCUGGUGUUGGACACAUGAUAAACGAAGAUCCUGUAAAAUACCACGCCUACUACCAAUGGGUUCCAUUUGUUUUGUUUCUACAAGCAUUAAUGUUCUACUUUCCCCAUUAUAUCUGGAAGACAAUGGAAGGAGGCAAAAUCAGGAAACUUGCAGAUGGUCUGAGAAUGGUGGAACUAUCACACUACUACAAAGAAAAUAACAGCGUGACAUUCGAUACGAAAUAUACACUUCAUUCUAAGUCGGAAAUAGACAAAAAAAUAUUGCAAGUGCGAAACGCGUUUGAACGCCACAGAAUUAUUAAUCACCUAUGGGCGUUUAAACUUGUAUUUUGCGAGUUCCUCAAUUUGAUUAAUGUUCUUAUACAGGUGAGAUAUACAAAUAAGUUUCUUAGUGGCCGCUUCUACCAUCUGGGAAUUGAUUUCAUCAACGAAGAUUUUGAUGGAACAAUGGAUGUACUAGAUACAGUGUUUCCGAAAGUAACAAAAUGUCAUUUCCACAAAUAUGGACAUUCAGGAACAAUUCAAAAACAUGAUGCUCUCUGUGUAAUGGCUUUAAAUGUAAUUAACGAAAAAAUUUUCUCAUUCCUCUGGUUUUGGUAUGGUAUACUUGUUUUGGUAUCUAUCUGCGCACUUAUCUGGAGAAUUCAAACUUAUUGGUUGCACGGAAGGUCAACGCGAUUCAACGAAAUAGUGUUUUCGUUUGCUUGCCCUGGAAAUCUUUCUAAAAGCGAUAUCGGUAUUUUGACACGACAAUAUAAAUUUUCCGAUUGGCUGUUUCUUUACUACCUGGCUAGAAAUAUGGAUGCUCACUUAUUCAAGUCACUGUUUAGAUGUAUCAUGACCCCAAUUGUCGACGUUGAAGCUACAUUAACAUCCAAACUUAUCGAAGACUCGCAGUAUAACGAAAAUGCCAGAGAGAAUUGAAUGUUUAUUUUAAAAUAUGUAACCAGUGUAGAAUAAAGUAUAGAAUUAAUGAAUCGUUUGGAACAGCAUUUUGCGAUUAUUCCCCAUCAUGUAAUUUCCCGUAUAUUAAACAUUUGUUUGAUAAUUUAUAUAAAGAAAAAUAUGCGAAAUUAACAA